AUGGCUGACAACCACGCGCGCGAUGUGUCCCAGUACAAAUACUCGGCCAUGUCCAACCUGGUCCUCCAGGCGGAUCGUCGCUUCAUCACCAGGCGAUCCGAUGAGGCUACUGGCGACCCCGAGUCGCUCGCCGGUCGCCUGAGCAUCCAGGACAUGGGAGGCCGUGUUGCCCGUGAAGCGGCCCCCAAGCAGAAGAAGGCUACCGGCCCGACAAUAGAGAGAGGAGCUGUUCAGGAAGGCGCAGACAUUCUAGCACGAGAGCAGCGGAGGAAAGCUGGCCCUACCCAGACUAGAGGCACUGGCAUUCUGGGCCAAGCCGAUCUGCUCGUUGAAGAUCUCAGAUACCGACCCCGAACACCUGCCACCAGGCAAACCUACGAGUUCAUCCUGACAAUUGCCGCACGGCAUCUAGGCGACGUUCCAAAUGAGGUCGUUGUGAGCGCCGCCGAUGUCGUCUUGGAGUAUCUGAAGGACGAUGAUGUCAAGGAUAUCGACAAGAAGAGGGAGAUCGACGAUAUCUUGGGUACCACACUAAACCCCAAGGACUUCAACGAAUUGGUGAACCUCGGAAAGAAAAUCACAGAUUAUGAUGCCCAAGACGACGAGGAAAUGGAGGAUGCUGCCGGCGCCGGCGACGACGACGCAGAGCUCGAUGACCGCCAGGGUGUCGCUGUGGUCUUUGACGACGAGGACGACGAGGAUGAAAUGGUCAACGAGAUUCGCGAAGAAUCCUCAGAUGACGAGGCAGGCGACGAGGAAGAUAUGCCUGGAAUCGAGGAACGCGCAGGCGCUGGCGAAGCUGGGCAAGAUCGUGACGAGGAGUCAGCAGGUCUGGCCGAUGGGGACGAAAUGGUCAUUGACGCCGGUCCCUUGGAAGCCAAAGGGUCCGAACGGAAGAAGGAGCGAAAUUGGAUUCCGGCACGCGACAUCGACAGGUACUGGUUGCAACGAGAGAUUGGUAAACUGUAUCCUGACGAGCACGAGCAACACGACAAGACUAGAUCGGCCCUCCACAUCCUUUCUGGGGAACCCGACGAGGAGGGUGGUGAGGAGAAGCAGCUCCGAGAGAUCGAGAACGAUUUAAUGGAGCUCUUCGAUUAUGAGCAUCAUGAGGUCGUGCAGAAGCUCAUCCAGAACCAGGAAAAGAUUGUUUGGCUUACACGCUUAGCGCAAGCCGAAGAUGAGGAGGCCCGAGGGGUGAUCCAACGCGAAAUGGCAUCGGAAGGCGUCCGGUGGAUUCUAGACGAACUUAGCGGCAAGAAAUCCAUAUCUGGCCAGAAGAAAAUGGAGAUCAAGAUGGACAUUGAUGUCCCAGCAGCCUUUACCGAGGGCGCUGCUCCCAAGGCUGAGCGUGCCGACGGCCAGCUUGUUGGUGGUUUGCAGCCGCGCAAACUCAUCAACCUCGAAAACCUUAUAUUCGAUCAAGGAAAUCACUUGAUGACAAAUCCAAAAGUUAGAUUGCCUGAGGGCUCGACAAAGCGGACAUUCAAGGGGUACGAAGAGAUUCAUGUUCCUCCACCCAAGAGGCGCAAUGAUCCGGCCGACCAAAACAUUCCCGUCGGGGAUAUGCCGGAAUGGUCAAGAGUACCUUUCAGCGCAUCUGGAGCUAAAUCCUUGAACAAGAUUCAGUCAAAGUGCUAUCCUUCAGCCUUCCAAGACGAUGGCAACAUGUUGAUCUGUGCUCCCACCGGUUCUGGAAAGACAAACGUUGCUAUGCUUACCAUUCUGCGAGAAAUCGGCAAGCACCGGGAUCCCAAAACAGGAGACAUCGACCUGGACUCGUUCAAGAUCGUAUACAUCGCCCCACUGAAAGCCCUUGUACAAGAGCAAGUCGGUAACUUCGGCAAGCGUCUGGCAGAUUAUGGCAUCACAGUCGCUGAGUUGACGGGUGACCGCCAGCUCACGAAGCAGCAGAUCUCGGAAACACAAAUCAUUGUGACCACACCAGAGAAAUGGGACGUCAUCACGAGAAAAGCCACGGACCUGACCUAUACGAACCUCGUCCGCCUUAUCAUUAUUGACGAGAUUCAUCUUCUGCACGAUGAUCGUGGCCCUGUUCUAGAGAGUAUUGUCAGCAGAACAAUUCGAAAGACGGAGCAGACUGGAGAUCCGGUAAGGAUAGUGGGUCUCUCAGCCACUCUGCCCAACUACAGGGAUGUAGCCAGCUUUUUGCGAGUUGAUGUGCAGAAGGACUUGUUCCACUUCGAUGGUACAUACCGUCCUUGCCCGUUGAAACAAGAGUUUAUUGGAGUUACAGACCGAAAAGCCAUCAAGCAGCUGAAAACCAUGAACGACAUCACAUACAACAAAGUCAUAGAGCACGUGGGUCAAAAUAACAACCAGAUGCUUAUCUUCGUCCACUCUCGAAAGGAGACGGCAAAAACGGCCAAGUAUGUCCGCGACAAGGCUUUGGAAAUGGAAACCAUCAACCAAAUAAUUCGACACGAUUCAGGUGCUACGGCAGUCUUGAAGGAGUCCGCUGAGAAUGCUGCCGAUGCGGAGUUGAAGGAUCUUCUCCCUUACGGCUUUGGUAUACAUCAUGCUGGUAUGAGUCGUCUCGACAGAUCGGAUGUCGAAGACCUCUUCGAGAAAGGCCUCAUUCAAGUGCUUGUCUGUACAGCCACCCUCGCUUGGGGUGUCAAUUUACCCGCGCACACCGUCAUCAUCAAGGGUACCUCAGUCUACUCGCCUGAGAAAGGCAGCUGGGUAGAGCUUAGCCCCCAAGAUGUCCUGCAGAUGCUUGGACGCGCCGGUCGACCUCAAUACGACACGUAUGGUGAAGGUAUUAUCAUCACGGCACAGAGUGAAAUGCAAUAUUACCUUUCGCUGCUCAAUCAGCAAUUGCCCAUAGAGUCUCAAUUUGCCAGCAAACUUGUGGAUAACCUGAAUGCCGAGAUUGUGUUGGGCAACGUUCGGACGAGAGACGAGGGUGUCGAGUGGCUAGGAUACACUUAUCUAUUCGUACGAAUGCUUCGUUCACCUGGCCUCUAUAGCGUCGGUGCUGAUUACGAAGACGAUGAGGCACUAGAACAAAAGCGAGUGGACUUGAUCCAUUCAGCUGCUGCUGUGUUGAAGAAGACAAACCUGAUCACUUACGAUGAGAAGACCGGCAAGAUGAAGGCAACUGAACUUGGCAGGAUCUCGUCGCACUAUUACAUCACUCAUGGGUCUAUGGACACCUACAAUAAGCUCAUCCAGCCGUCAAUUACUACCAUUGAGCUGUUCAGGGUCUUCUCCCAGAGCUCAGAGUUCAAAUACAUUCCGGUCAGGAAUGACGAAAAGGUUGAGCUCGCAAAACUGCUUCAAAGAGUGCCCAUCCCCGUUAAGGAAAGCAUCGAAGAGCCUAUGGCCAAAAUCAACGUCCUACUCCAAGCAUACAUAUCGCGCCUCAAGCUUGACGGUCUAGCUUUGAUGGCUGAUAUGGUAUAUGUCACGCAAUCCGCUGGUCGUAUCCUCCGUGCCAUUUUCGAGAUCACCUUGCAGAAGGGCUGGGCGAGCGUCUGCAAGACUGCUCUUGACCUUUGCAAGAUGGCUGAAAAGCGUAUGUGGCCGACGAUGACGCCGCUCCGCCAAUUUCCGAUGAAGCCCAACGAGCGGCAUAUCGUGGCAAAGGCCGAAAGAAUCGAUGUGCCAUGGACGAGCUUCUUUGACCUUGACCCUCCCCGUAUGGGUCAGCUCCUCGGUCUACCACGUGACGGCAAGAAGGUCUGUGAACUUGUUUCGAAAUUUCCACGAGUUGAGAUUCAAGCAUCAGCUCAGCCGAUGACACGUUCCUUGCUUCGCGUAGAGCUAAGCAUUACUCCAAAUUUUGAGUGGGAUGACGCCCUGCAUGGAACUGCGGAGAGCUUCUGGAUUAUGGUCGAGGACUGCGAUGGUGAAGAUGUUCUAUUCUACGACACCUUUUUGCUACGCAAGGACUACGCCAUGUCAGAGUCCAAUGAGCACGUGGUGGACUUCACUGUCCCCAUCACCGAGCCUAUGCCGCCGAACUACUUCAUAUCAGUGAUAUCAGAUAGAUGGAUGCAUUCAGAGACCAGACUCCCUGUGUCGUUCCAGAAGCUCAUCCUGCCACAAAAGUUCCCGCCUCAUACUCAAUUGCUGGACCUGCAACCCUUGCCGGUUGCUGCGUUGAAGGCCAAGGACUAUGCUGCGAUCUACGAAGACUGGACUUAUUUUAACAAGAUUCAAACCCAGACUUUCACCUCACUUUACACCACCGACGACAAUGUCUUCGUUGGCGCACCUACUGGUAGUGGAAAGACCGUAUGUGCCGAGUUUGCGAUCCUGAGGCAUUGGGCCAAGCAAGAAUAUGGGCGUGCUGUCUAUAUUGCGCCGUACCAAGAACAAAUUGAUGUACGCCUUCAAGACUGGCAAAAGCGACUCGGUCACCUCCGGGGCGGCAAAGAAAUUGUCAAGUUGACCGGCGAAACCACAACUGAUUUGAAACUCCUUGAGAAGGGAGAUCUGAUCUUGGCCACGCCAACACAGUGGGACAUUUUGUCACGCCAAUGGCAACGACGGAAGAACAUCCUAACAGUUGAGCUCUUUAUCGCAGAUGAGCUCCACCUACUUGGCGGCCAACAGGGCUACAUCUACGAGAUCAUCGUCUCUCGUAUGCAUUACAUUCGUACCCAAGCUGAGUUGGACAUACGGAUUGUCGGUCUAAGUGUUUCACUUGCUGAUGCAAGAGAUCUCGGAGAAUGGAUAGAUGCCAAAAAGAAGGACAUUUACAACUUCAGUCCGCAUGCUCGCCCAGUGCCGCUGGAGCUCCGCAUUCAAUCCUUCUCCAUCCCUCAUUUUCCGUCACUGAUGCUCGCGAUGGCAAAGCCGACUUACUUAGCCAUCACUGAGAUGUCCAGUGCUCAGCCUGCUUUGAUCUUCGUGCCUAGUCGAAAGCAGACAAGAUCUACUGCCCGCGACAUUCUGGCAACAUGCCUGGCUGACGAUGAUGAAGAUCGAUUCCUACAUGUUGACCCUGAGCAAUUGCAACCACUCCUGGAGCGCGUUCAUGAAGAAGCUCUAGCUGAAGCAUUGUCUCAUGGUGUUGGAUACUAUCACGAGGCUCUUAGCCAGAGCGAUAAGAGGAUCGUCAAACAUCUCUACAACAAGGGUGCCAUUCAGGUUCUUGUUGCUUCUCGUGAUGUUUGUUGGGAACUGGAUUGCACAGCACAUCUUGUUGUCGUAAUGGGCACACAAUACUUCGAAGGUCGCGAGCAUCGCUAUAUUGAUUACCCACUCAGCGAAGUUCUGCAAAUGUUCGGCAAGGCUUUGAAGUCCGCGGAUGAUGGAAGAGCGCGUGGCGUACUCAUGGUGCCGACUACUCGACGCGAAUAUUUCAAGAAGUUCUUGAACGAAGCACUUCCGGUUGAGUCUCAUCUCCAGAACUUCGUGCACGAUGCAUUCGUUACUGAAGUCAGCACCAAGAUGAUCGAGUCUGGCGAAGACGCAAUCAACUGGACCACCUUUACGUACUUCUACCGUCGACUCCUAGCCAAUCCCAGCUAUUACAGUUUGCCAAGUAAAGAUGCGGACGCACUCAAUGCAUAUCUUUCCGACCUUGUAGAAACAACUCUCAAGGAACUGACCGAGUCGAAGAUCAUUGACUUUGAUGAGGACGACGGGUCCGUGGCACCGCAGAAUGCUGCCAUGAUCGCUGCAUAUUAUAACAUCUCAUAUAUCACGAUGCAGACAUUCCUGCUGUCACUCAGCCAGAAGACUAAGCUGAAGGGCAUUCUUGAAAUCAUAACGUCAGCUACUGAGUUUGAAUCCAUCCAAAUUCGGCGCCACGAAGAAAGCUUGCUACGACGUAUCUACGAUAGGGUACCAGUCAAGAUGGCCGAGCCAGUCUACGACUCGCCUCACUUCAAGGCAUUCGUCCUUCUACAAGCUCACUUCUCGCGGAUGCAGUUGCCAAUCGAUUUAGCCAAAGAUCAAGAGAUGAUCAUCUCCAAGGUACUCAGCCUACUUAGCGCCACGGUGGAUGUCUUGUCCUCAGAGGGCUACCUGAACGCUAUGAAUGCCAUGGAGAUGUCCCAGAUGGUCGUUCAGGCUAUGUGGGACCGUGAUAGCCCCUUGAAGCAGAUACCUCAUUUCACGCCAGAGGUGAUCAAGGUGGCAAAUGAGUUCGAAAUCAAGGAUAUCUAUGACUUCAUGGAGUCGAUGAACCCAGAGGAGAACCCGAAUUAUGGCACUCUGAUCAAGCGGCUGGGUCUGUCGCAGAAACAAUUGGCUGAGGCAGCUAACUUCACGAACAAUAAAUACCCCGACUUGACCCUCAACUUUGAGCUCGUCGACGAGGAUGACAUCCGCGCUGGCGAGCCUGCAUACUUGAAUGUGCAGAUUGACCGUGAGGUUGACGAGGACGAGGAAGUGGACACCACUGUGCACGCGCCAUUUUACCCAACCAAGAAAUUGGAGAAUUGGUGGCUCGUGGUGGGUGAGGAGAGCACGAAGACACUACUUGCGAUUAAACGAGUCACGAUUGGGCGCCAACUCAAGGUCAAGCUCGAGUAUACCGUGCCAUCGCCUGGGAAACACGAUUUGAAGCUAUUCUUGAUGAGCGACAGCUACUCUGGAGUUGAUCAAGAACCGACAUUCUCCGUUACGGCGGGCGAGAGCAUGGACGUCGAUGAAGAUGAGGAAGACAGUGAAUAA